AUGGGAAGUUCGAAGUCCUCCUAUACUGCAACAACAAGAAACUCAUGUCCUUUAGCGAUGUUUGCAUUUGGAUUAAUUCCAUUCAAUGGUUCAGAGUCAGAUGAAACAAUUAAAUCUUGUGAAAAGAUAAUUUGUGAUCAAAUUAAUCGGAAAAUCAGUCUGGAAGAAGCAUCAUAUAAUUUGCUUGUGCUAGUAAACACAGACGAACCAGCGCGAUUAAUUCACAGAGUUUUAUAUGCAUUUGAUCAUCAUAAACCGGUUAUUAGUUGCAAUGAGAAGCAAGUAGGUAUUCGCAAAUGCAAUCUUUGGCGCCAAGAAGAAGAUAUACUACUUUUAGCUGCAAUUCACAGAUAUGGACUGGGUGAUUGGAAGUCAAUAUCUCAUUUUGUAGGAAAUGGGAGAACAAGAUCUCAAUGCUCUCAAAGAUGGGGACGCGCUUUAGAUCCAAAAAUUGCAAAGAUUCCUUGGUCAAAAGAAGAAGAUGAUAACUUAUUAAAGCUUGUCCAAGAAUUUGAACCGCAUACUUGGGCAAAAAUUGCUAGAAAUAUGUCUUCAAGAUCUGAUGUUCAAUGCAGAUAUAGAUAUAUUCAGCUCAUGAAGAAGGAGCAUUCAAGCCAUCUCCCAGUUUUAGGCUAUCAGGAAGAAGCGACUUCCAAUUCCGAUGAGAGUGCCAAAUCUCCUGCCGGACCUAAUGCAUUAAAUCUGAUGCUCCAAAAUGAGAUCAACAAACCUCAGAGAAUCAUAUUUAUGUCCAUUCCUGCACUUCUUGAUUGA